GCCGUGGGGUGGUCCUAUCUUAUCGCAGUGAGGGGCCGCCGAUUCUCCCCGGUCAAAAAAACCAAGGCCAUUUCACUUUCUUCUCCAUUCACCUACAUAUACAACAACACAACAUAUCAACCAUCUUAGAAUAUAAAAUGACGAUCCCCCACCCUCCAAUUCCCAUCACUAUCAUCACGGGCUUCCUCGGGUCCGGCAAAACCACACUCCUGCUCAACCUGAUCCCGCAACUCCCACCAACCUACCGCCUCGCGCUCCUCAAAAACGAAUUCGGCGACGUCGCCAUCGACUCACAGCUGGCCACAACGCAAUCCAUCAGCGGCGUCCGCGAGCUUCUCAACGGCUGCAUCUGCUGUAAUCUCGUCGGCCAACUAGGCCCCGCCCUCCACCAAUUGCGCACCUCUAUCCAGCCCGACCGCAUAAUUAUCGAAACCAGCGGAAGCGCGUUCCCCGCGACUCUAGCGAUGGAAGUAAACCGUCUGGCACGGGAAGAAUAUCCCGGCGUGUUUGCGCUCGAUGGCGUGAUUAGUGUGAUUGAUGUCGAGAAUUGGGCGGGCUAUGAGGAUACGAGUUACACGGCCAAGAUGCAGGCCAAGUAUACGGAUAUGGUGGUGUUUAAUAAGUGGGAGCUGGUGGAUGAGAGACGCUUUGAUGUUUGUUUAGAUCGCCUGGCCGAUUUGGAGCUCGAUCCGCCGACGCCUUGGGUCAAGUCGGAUAGGGGGAGGGUGGAGAGAGACGUGUUGUUGGGGAUUGAUGGCGCGUUGAUGGCGAGGGGCGGAGAAGAGCUAUUACGAAGAGAGGUGCAGGGGGAGGGGCAUGGGCAUAGGCAUGAGCAUGAGCAUGAGCAUGAGCAUGAGCAUCAGUCAGAAGUAGAGGUUCUUUCUGUGACAUUGAAGGGUGAUGGCGCUGGAGCGGUGCUGGAUGUCCACGCAUUCGCGCAUCUGCUGCACUCAGCCUCGAAGGAAGAGGUGUAUCGGAUCAAGGGCAUAGUGCGCUGUGCGCCGGCGACAGCGCCGCAAGGAUCAGAUCCGGCGCUGCCUACGACGGCGGGCACGGGUGUGUACAUUCUGAAUUGGGCGUUUGGGCGCUGGACGUUCACGCCGGCGUCCGUAGAGGAGGGCGAGGCUGCACGGUUGACAUUUAUUUUGGCGCGGUAUGAGUCGGGGAAGUGGAAGAAGAGGCUGGAGGCUGGAGGGCUGGUGAAGACGGUUGAGGGGGGUGAGUUGGUUGUACAAAAGCUGCUAUGAUGAUACCCAUGGAUACAUAUGUAGAGUGAUAGAGUAAUAGAAAUGAUAGCGAUAGACAUCGGAAUUGAGGAUAUGCACAUGUAUAUGUAUAUUUUGUUCAAUGCUAUUUACAGAUUAUUG